AUGAUACCAGCGCCCACGGUCCGGCGAUUUUCUUCCGCCAUUGCUAGAAACCGCACAUCGUUGCGAUGCCUCGCGGAGAGCUUCACCGCGACUCACGAUUUCGAGAUGCCCAGUUUCCCUCUUUUCGACCGCACGGGCGCCCAUGUUCGCUCGAGCCGAUUCAGCGUCGGCGGCCGCAACUGGGUCAUCGGGUUUCGCCCAAAUAGUUUCAACCAUGCUUCGGCCAAUUUAUUUUGUGUCGACCCAGCUCAGGAUGUGAGAGCCAGGUUCACCUUCAACAUGCUGGAGAAAGAUGGCGGGGCAUCGCUAACCAACCAUGGCGCGAUCGAGCAUGUCUUCUCGCCCAAAAGUGACUGCUGGGGCUACUUCAAAUUCGUCGAGAAAUCCAAGCUGGAACUGUCGGCCGGCGACAGCGGUGGCCACUCCCUGACCAUAAGGUGCGAUCUCACCGUUAUCACAGAGCCCCACGUUGUGGUUAACAGGAACAAACUAUUCUUGCUUCCGCAGCCGGAUCUGGCAGGCCAUCUCCAGCAGAUGUGGAAGGGUGGACAAGGAGCAGAUGCGACAUUCAUUGUUCGUGACCAAUCGUUCAAAGCCCACAGAUGCUUGUUAGCUGCACGGUCUCCGGUCUUCAAGGCGGAACUCUCUGGCCCGACAAAGCAGACGGCAACACAAUGCAUCAAGAUUGAAGACACUGAGCCUUCAAGCUUCGAGGGGCUACUUCACUUUGUCUACACAGAUUCCUUGCCAGAUGACAACGAGCAUUACGAAGAAGGCAGAACUGCGAGACUACAGCAAUUGCUGGUUGCGGCGGAUCGGUUUAGAUUGGACAGGUUGAAGGUGCUUUGUGCACGCAAACUGUGUGAAAGCAUUGACGUGCAGACGGUUGCAACGACCCUGGUUUUAGCAGAGAAACACGGUUGCAAGGAUGUCCUAUAGGCUUGCGUUGAGUUCAUGGCUCCACCUAAAGUCCUACGUGCUGUCAUGGCAACUGAUGGAUUCAAGGAUUUGGUAGCAACUUGUCCUUCCGUCAUGAAGGAUAUAUUGGACAAGGUGUCCCAUGGUGAAUAGUUUAGAGGA